AUCAAUCAACAUUGGCAUAUCGGAAAUGAGUUUGACUUUUGACACGCAGCCUAUUUCAAACGAAGAACUUGUAUCCCUGUGCCAAACUCUUAACAAGGACCAGAUUAAUAGUCAACUUGAUGUUUUGAAAAAAAUACGCGGAGCUAUUACGAUGCGAAAUGAUAGUCCUUACGGUCUUCUCAUUGAGCAGGGAAUCAUUCCUACGUUGAUUGUGGGUUUACAGUGCCCAUCUGUGAACGUUAAUUUGGAGUGUGCUUGGAUCUUGGGAAAUAUUGCCUCUGGAACAGCGGAGCAAACUCUGGAAGUGUUCUACUCUGGAGUGGGUCCUAUCUUGCUAAACCAGCUCAAAAACUGCAAAGACAAGUCUUAUCUUUCGGUAGCGCUGUUCUUUGCAGGGAAUCUCUGCGGAGAAGACAAAUGCCGCAACAUUCUCGUCUCAAGCGGCAUUAUUGACGUCGUUCUCCAGCUUCUCAACAAAUAUCUUUUGAACCAGGAGAUCAUGGAGAACUGCGUCUUCUGCCUUCGCAACGCCGUGGUGAACCAGAAUCUUCUCCAGAACCGCGGUUUAUCGCAUCUCCAGCUCAUCCAAUCACUUUAUCUUCGUCUUUUGACCGCUCCGAAGCCCCUCGAGAUCCACACGGGCAUUCUGAGCGACGUUUUGCAGCUUGUCCAAUCCGUUCUCGAGAGCAAUCCCGUCAAUAUCGGCAUGCCACUGAUGAAAAUCGCGGGGGAGUGCAUCAAACGAAUGGACGCAUCGGUGACGGCGUCGAUCGAAGAGCGUCUGGAAGAGUCGCUGAAUUACCCGACCAAAUCGAUCUUGGAGACCCUCGGGAACAUUAUCGCGGAGAACGAUCUCUACGCGAGCUAUCUUCUGCAGAACGGGUAUUUGGCGUUCCUCUCCCGCGUUUAUUUUGACAAAAAUAACGGGGAUUUUCUGCUCCGGUUGGAAGUGAUCUUCAAUUGGAUGAAUCUGUCCGGAGGAACGUGCAGCCAGGCGCUCUACGACACGGGGAUCCUCGAGACGCUGGUGGGGAACGUGCAGGCGCUGAAUCCACAGUCGAGUUCGAUCGAAUUCGAGGCGGCGAGGCGGUCGAUGGUGGUGAUUUGCAACUUUAUUUGCGAGUGUGAUGAUGCGACGCGGCUGUAUUUGCUGUCGUGUAAUGUACGAGGGCUGCUGGAACAGUAUUUGAAUCUGGUGCAGGGACGAUGGCAGGACGAAGAUCAUGACUUUAUUAUGUUCAUUGGAGACUCGCUGAUCUUGUCAAAAUCAAGUAUUAAAUCUAUAAUUUUGAUUUUGAUUUGUUCAGUGAUUCGUCAUUGUUUAGGAACAUUUCCAUUCAUUGAUUGUUUGUUUGUUUGUUUGAAACCGAUUCUUGAUCACAAUUCAUGA